ACAGUUAUUAGUAAUACACAGACCACUGUGUAGAAAAAAUAGUCAUUCAUCUGGCAGCACAUGAGUGCACAAGAAAAGGAUUGUGUUGCAUUGUAAUAUAUUGAACAUUUUAGAACUCAGCGGUGGGAAAUGAAUGGUCAAGUUUGCAGACCCUAUCCACCUUCCUUCCCUCAGCCCUCAUGAGUAUAUUGUCUCAUAUAUCACCUACAACAACGCUAGAAAACAUCGCUACUCAGCUAGGAUGUAGUGUGCUCUGUGAGAAGCUGGCUCUUCACUUAGAUGAUGAAGAUGAAUUAAAGCAUCUUAAGCAAUGUUUUCAUAUUCCAAAGAAGAAGGAUUUGCCAACAACAGAGAAAUCUCUUGUUAAUGAGGAGGACAACUGUAUAUAUUUAUGUGGCAACUCUCUUGGGCUUUUACCAAAGAAUGUUAAACCCUAUAUUGAUGAAGAACUGGACAAGUGGGCAAAAAUGGGGGUCCACGGCCAUUUCAUAGGAAAACGCCCAUGGGCACUUGCUGAUGAAUGCAUUGUGGAUCUUAUGGCUAAAAUUGUUGGUGCUAAAAAGGGAGAAGUGGCGUUAAUGAAUGGACUGACGGUUAAUUUGCAUCUACAAAUGCUAUCCUUCUACAAACCUACAAAGGCUCGCCACAAGAUUCUCCUUGAAGUUAAAGCCUUUCCUUCUGACCAUUAUGCUGUGGAAUCUCAGAUUCAGUUUCAUGGGCUGGAUGUGGAGACGAGCAUGCUGCUAGCCUGUCCCCGCAAGGGGGAAGAAACAUUAAGGACUGAAGACAUCCUGUCAAUUAUUGAAAGCGAAGGGGAUUCCAUAGCCGUUAUUUUAUUCAGUGGGGUGCAGUAUUAUACAGGACAGUUAUUUGACAUCCCCAAAAUCACAGAAGCUGGCCACAGAAAGGGUUGUUUUGUUGGCUUUGAUUUGGCCCAUGCUGUUGGCAACGUUGAACUACACUUGCAUGACUGGGAAGUGGAUUUCGCCUGUUGGUGUUCCUAUAAGUACCUGAACUCUGGAGCAGGUGGAUUAGCUGGAGCGUUCAUUCAUGAGAAACAUUCCUUCACUAUUAAACCAUCGUUGGUAGGCUGGUGGGGUCACGAGUUCAAAUCCAGAUUCAGUAUGGAGAAUGAACUGAAAUUGAGCCAAGGAGUUGAUGGAUUCCGUCUAUCUAACCCUCCUAUUUUAUUGGUGUGUUCCCUGCAUGCAAGUUUAGAGGUCUUCGAUCAAACAAGCAUGAAGGCCUUAAGAAAAAAGUCCAUUUUACUGACUGGUUAUUUGGAGUAUUUAAUUAAGCAUUAUUACAGUGAAAACACUGCUGAACCCGAGAAACCUUAUGCAAAAAUAAUCACGCCCUCUCACUUUGAAGACAGAGGCUGUCAGCUCUCUAUGACUUUUUCCCUGCCCAUGAAAGCUGUUUACAAAGAACUAGAGAAGAGAGGCAUUGUGUGUGAUAUGCGGGAGCCCAGCGGUCUACGUAUAGCACCAGUACCUCUCUAUAACUCUUUCCAUGAUGUCUUUAAAUUUAUUGAAAACCUGGGAGAAGCAUUGGCCAGUGCUAAGAAAACAGUGGAAACGCACUAGACAGAAACUGUACUCUAAAGUGACUUCUCAACAUUGAGCAGUGCUCACUUAUUAAUGUUUUAAAACUUUACACAACAUUUGUACAGGACCUGAUGCAAAGUUGAAUGUAUAGGGAAUCUUACGUGUUUUCACAUUGCACAUUCUCUGGAAACGAGUGUACGCCAAUUACAGGCAAUGCAGUCAUGCACAUUCCAAUCACAGCUACACUUAACUUAAGAGGCAUAACUAGAACGCGAAUAGGCAAAGUACAAUUAGCUUGAUGCCACUGCGGACUAUUCAGAGUUGGUAGUACUAGUACGUGUAAAUACUCGCAGCUUAUUAUUUGUACUCCAUAUAGGCUGGUACAAGUUCUCCCUGUGAGAAUGACUAGUAACAAAACCAAUUGUACAGAUUGGAGGCAAGCACACUGCAAGAUAUGGGAGCACAGAUUCUUGAUGUCAGUCCAACUUUGCAUCAGGCCCUAAAUGGUUUGUAUUUGCUAUAAAAGAAAAAAAAAAAGAAAACAUGUUUUGGAUGUUAUUAUACAGUACUGUAUAUCUGGAGUGUUCCAAAGAACUUUGUAAUAGCAGGCAGUGAUUCAGUUAUCCAUGCAAGCAUAGGUUGCACAACAAGAAGGAAGGGAGGGGUGGCAAAGUGGUGGCUUGCUCCCUCAAUUAUUUUAGAAGCGCUAGUCAAAAUAAUGGGUAAACGUCACGAGGUGUAGUGCGGUCACCAUCUAGGGUUACCAUGGACAGCAUCAGGAUGGAGAUAAUCCCCUUUCUGGCUGCUUCACCUCCUCCACAAAGCCCUUAUCCCCCUGCCUCCAGGCCCCUUCUCUACCAAUCCCUACAGUGUGUAUCUAUUACUGUGGGCUGGCCACUCCUCUACCCCUUCAGCUCCCCCUUCAUCCCUUUAUGUCCCCCCUCGCAGUAGCACGCCCCCAGAUAGUAAGAGAGAUAUCUAUAUAUGAUAAUAUAUAUAUAUAUAUAUAUAUAUAUCUGUCAGGUAGGUGGUGUGGCAGGUAAGUCCAGCUGCCCCUGCGGGGGUGACAGCAACUUAGGGGCGCAAAAAAUAAAUUAUACAUUGUCCCCCCGAACCAAAAAAUUUUGCGGUUUAUAGGAAGGUGCAGGUUGACCCUUUUUUUUUCUUGUCUUAUAUUCCAAUCCAAAAAUAUAAAAAGUUUGAGUUAUAGCUUCUGAAUGAUAUUACCAUGGCACUGAUUCCUACUCAAUAUCAGGAUCUUCAGAGGCCUCGAACUCAUUUUGUUCUUUACUAGACAGUAAAAGACUCUAUUAUCCCCUCCCUACAGCUCUCCUUGUCUUCUCCCAAUAUACAGUACUUUCCCCACUACACAUUACUAUGCUUAGAUAGCAGUUGUUUAUCAAUUAUGUUGAACCCCUUUCGUUCUAUAAUAUCAAACUGCUGGAAACUGUUUCCAAUUUUUUAUGGCAAUUAUUAAACAAAUUAUCUUUUUACAGUACUAAAAAAUAAAUAAUAUAUACAGUAUUAAAAAUCUGUGUUCAUUGUAGAUGUAAU